UGAACGGCAAACUAAAAAUAUUUUCCACAAAGAAAAAGAAAUAAAAAAAAGUUCUCGUUCUUGGGCUUCGUCUGGGAAUAAUCUUUUAAAAUUAAACCUUAUGGAAUAUUAGUGUAAAUUUAACGUAAAUCUUAAAUUUGGCAUUGAAGUUAAGAAAAUCAUUGCGUAAACAAGAAUUAUCGAUUUCUUCUAUUAAAGAAUUUAAAUCAAAUUUUCCACAACAAACUAUAAAAUGCCUAAUAUUAAAUUGCAAUCGUCUGAUGGUGAGAUCUUCGACACCGAUGUCCAAAUCGCAAAAUGCUCCGGAACCAUCAAAACAAUGCUGGAAGAUUGUUGCCUAGAAGAUGGCGACGAUGCUGUCGUCCCUCUGCCAAAUGUCAAUUCGGCAAUUCUUCGCAAGGUUCUUCACUGGGCCAAUUUCCACAAAGACGAUCCUCAACCCACUGAAGAUGACGAGAACAAAGAAAAACGAACUGACGACAUCUCUUCGUGGGAUGCUGACUUCCUAAAGGUCGACCAAGGAACACUAUUCGAACUUAUUUUGGCCGCAAAUUAUUUGGAUAUCAAGGGAUUGCUUGAUGUGACUUGCAAAACAGUUGCCAACAUGAUCAAAGGAAAGACCCCCGAGGAGAUAAGGAAGACUUUUAAUAUCAAAAAUGAUUUCACUGCUGCUGAAGAGGAACAGGUUCGCAAGGAGAACGAGUGGUGCGAAGAGAAGUAGAUGCAUUUUGGUUACGGGAGACACAUAGAGCUAAGCCUUUAGUAGUCUUGUAUUAGUUGCAGAGAGGAGUAAUUUGGAGGCGAAAACUCAAAAAAAAAAACAUCAAAAAUAAUAAAAAUCGCAGUCCUGAUUUCAUUUUAAUUUACUCACAUUUUUUUUUUGUUAAUUUUAAUUGAAUAAAAAUGUAUUAACUAUA